AUGCCUCCCAGGAUGCUAGUGGCACCACUGCCACUGCAUUUCCUGUUGGCAGCAGUGAGCAGUGAACACCGAAGCGGCAGCAGGCAGUGGCAGCAGGCAGACCCAGGCAGAAAUAGCUCCCGCGCGAUUCACUGGAGCCUUCCCAGGGCCCUGGUCCUGGCUACCGGGAGUCGCGCGUCCGGAUCUCAAAAGCGGCAGAGGCCACCAAAGGUGACUGACCAGGCAUCUGUGGCCCUUGGUGGCACACAGGGCCAUGCCGGGCCUUUCCCAGCACAGCUGUGCUGGCAGCUGCUCCCUGGGGUUCUCCAUGGAGUGCUGGAGUCCUCGACUCUAUCAGAAAUGAUAGGACUGCCGAGCGCGGUGGCUCAAGUCUAUGAUUGUAACAUGAAGUCCCAAACUAUUUCUUUCCAUCUGUGUUUCAGAUUAUUUGAAUAUAUUUUGCUGUAUAAGGAUGGAGUGAUGUUUCAGAUUGAGCAAGCCACCAAGCAGUGCUCGAAGAUGACCCUGACAGAGCCCUGGGACCCUCUUGACAUUCCUCAGAACUCCACCUUUGAAGACCAGUACUCCAUCGGGGGUCCCCAGGAGCAGAUCAUGGUCCAGGAGUGGUCGGACAGAAAGUCAGCUAGAUCCUAUGAAACCUGGAUUGGCAUCUAUACAGUCAAAGAUUGCUAUCCUGUCCAGGAAACCUUUACCAAAAACUACAGUGUGAUAUUGUCCACGCGGUUUUUUGACAUCCAGCUGGGUAUUAAAGACCCCUCGGUGUUUACCCCUCCAAGCACGUGCCAGAUAGCCCAACUGGAGAAGAUGAGCGAAGACUGCUCCUGGUGAACCUGCGCAUAGGGAAGUGGCAGCAUCGGUUGUCAGCCCCCUGUGGUCCCAGCUGGAGAUAGAUAGAGACUAGUCAAGAUGAGAAUGCUAAUUGGAGAGAAAUAUAAUUUCAGGAAGAUGCACAUUGAUGUGGGGUUUUGAUAUGUCUGAUUUUGACUGCUUAAGCUAUGUUAACAGAAGAAAAUUGAAUGGCGAGGGUGUGGCCAUAUCAGCUAACUGUGGCUAAUAUGGACACUUUGGGUGUUUCUAAUGCCUGUUCAGGGCUGGUUUUCUGCAUGCACAGGUAUAUACACAAUGCAGUGCCAUGCAAACAGUGAGGGGUCAGUAAGAGAAGUUUGUCUUGGCAGUAAGUAUUUAUUGUUGACGUUAUUCAGAAUUGGUGGUGAUAAUAAAAAGCAGAGGGAUUUUGGUCAAUUUUAUUAUUAAUUCUUAAGUUCCCUGCAGAGAAUGCCCCAUUUAUUGCUGCACCAGGGUGGGCAUUGCUCCCACUGAGCCCUACUCCACCCUGACCCUGCACUCCCUUGGUUGCCAAAACAAUGAAACCUUAAAUCCCUUCCAGACUGAAGAAUUGUAUGGCAUGACCCAAUUGAUAUAAACAUUUGGAAGGAAAUGAAAAGCUAAAAUAGGAAAUAAUUAUUCCUCUAAAGAAACAUUUUAAGCAAGACAGUUUAGAGAAUCCUAAUGUCUACACUGGUAAAGCGCGAGCCAUGUAAGCUUCUUUUUUUUUCUAUGCAAGAGUAUUGAUGUAUGUGCGGAAUCUUCACAGACUUGUCAAUACACAGGCACUAUUCUAAAAUAGCACUGAACUGGGGAUCAGGAUACUAUUGUCUCCUAAACCCAGGACUAGAGUUCCCUUGUACUCUCACUCCUUUGGUCAUUAAAUGCACUGGACUUGCCCUCGCUUUGGCCUUCCUAGAACGCUGCUUCAUAACCUGUCUGUCUGACUUCUGCAUCUCCUUCCAUGUCAGCUCAUUCACAAGAGCUGCUCCCAAGCCUGGAUGAGUUGCACCUUGCAUCUUGAGCAUGCAUUUCUCACAAUAAUUAUUAAACUGUGUGAUAAUUUAUGCUUUCAGGACAUUGUCAUCCAUUAUCUUGGCUGUGAGCUCCUUGGGUACGGGUACCUUGUAUGUUUACUUUUAUAUCCCUAGCACCAAGCAAGUGCCUGGCACAUGGUCAGUGCCCUAAGUAUUUGUAGAGUGAAGAAUGCCAGCCUCUCUUGUCCCUGGUUUCCUUAUGUGUUAAAUGUGGUUGAGUUUGUCCAUUGCUAGGGAGAGACUUCCAGUAAUAAAAUUUACUAUUCUAGGUUAUUCUACUGUUACGUUUUAUCUGCCCAUUUAUCUUUUUUAGUUACCAGGAGAAAUGUGUGACACCUAUAUUAUGAUGAAAACAAUCUCAUUACUCACAGUUUAUCUAUAUUAAACAAAUCUAAUUGCAUUUUAAAGCAUUCUUUGAUAUUAUUGCUUUUGUAAUAAAUAUGGAUAAUCGUGGUUAUAAGGGAGUUAAAACAAUGCUCUAAUAAACAAAGUGCUUCAUGUGAUCAGAAUCAAA